GAACUACGUGUCAGUUUCCGGCUCAUUGGACUGGUAGCUGGUUCCAGAAAGGGUAUCGAGACCCUAUAAAUAUCAAAAAUGGUAUCAUCUCCUCCAAGGGGGUGUGUCGAAAAGUGGACGGUGACAAGUUUCUGGUGGAGAGCAAGGCUGAUUCCUGUUUCCGAUGUGUUGUAAUUCAUGAAAGACAUGAAAAUGUGCUACAAUACAAAGAAACGUACUGUUCUUCUACCAGAGACUUGGAAGAAAAGUGCCGAGAAAUUAGUGGCGACGCUCUUCUGCACUCCAUGUUCAGGUUGGACACCACACCGAUACCAUGUCCUUUUAAGGGUUCUUUCACCUUUACCUACAACCGAGGUCACGGCGAAUGUAGCCAUCCAGUGUCCACUGUUGACUCUUGCACUGAUGAUUCUCACCUUUUUUUCAAAUUCCAGGCAUGCGCAAAUGUGCGUAACUCAGAAAGUAGAGAAGAAAAAAUGACUUGUACAGGAACGUGGAGGGAAGGUUCGACACGAUAUUUAAUUGCCAAAAUGGAACAUAAAGAUACCAUUAUGGAGGAGGACAAGUUUCGAUGUCUUGUGUACGAAAAGCUAAAAAAUGAAUCGGGUUAUCAAAUUGCCCAAUCAGGAGACGCCACGUGUGAUGGAUUAUUUUCUGCUAUGGAAGGAUCUCGAACAAUGACACUUAUUAAGAGUGGGAGUUUCUCGGGAGCGAAGUGCCGUUUUCCGAAGUGGUUCACCGAACAUUCUUUCUGGCAGUCUCUGGACGGUACAAAGUUUUAUAGGACCGACAACAGCUUGAAGUCUUUCCGCUUGUCCAACAGUUCGAGCAUGGGUGACAGCAUCAGGGUAACUUGCAACAAGAUCCAGCAACUUCAUGAUUCCCUUUACAAGAUAACGGUAUACGAAGUAUCAGGCUGCUUAUUUGGAAACAGAGGCUAUAAAUGUAUGCGGAUUCACAAACGUACACCUCAGGUUGUUGAAAUCCAAAUGGGUAAACAGGUUUCACACGCUACUGAAGCAUGUACUGAGGAGGUGUUUGAUUCGUCAGAAGAUUUUGUAACCCUAACAACCAAGACCCCUGCAACGGACGGCUGUCCACUAAUAGGAGUUUACAAGAUAAAAGAAUCGAAGCCACAGUUUUCUAAGCUAGUGAGCAGCGAUUCGAAUGACCACUCGUGUACUGAGUGGUCAGUUUUGUCAGCGGCAUGUAACAAGUACGAUCGACUAGACUUCCAGAUGGAAUGCUCAUCUGAAAAGAAAGUGAAAAGUUUUCAAUGUCACGGAAGUUGGGAAGAAAAUGGAACUCAGUAUCUUAUUACCAGUAUUCCUCACACCAGGGAGCAAUACUGUAUGGCUUUUACAGAAGAAGAAAAAGUGUUGUAUAUGUCCAGUAGCGCACAGACGUGUGUACGGACCGUUAAUCUAUAUAACAGUGAGAAUAAGGUGUUCAGCAUUAUGAAUAAAGGUGGAUGCAGUGAGACAGAUGGUGGAGGAGCAGUGAAGCCAUCAUCCGUUCAUCUGUUGGUCCUCCUACUUGUCGUUCAUUUUCUGAAUCUGACGUUAAUGGACCACAGCAGUGUUGGUGAAGACAAAUAGUCCAAUCAUGUCGGUGGUGUCAAUAUUUGGUGGCUGUGAAGCUGUGAUCAUAGAUGUUAUUGAGCUGUGCAUGUCCCAAUACACACGUCUCUAUUUGUUGUGGCACACUUGGACCACAUCGUACGCCAUUAAACUUGAGAACGAGUAUUUUUGGUUUGUUUUUAUUGGUCGACUGCUUGAAUGUCCUCCCAUUUUCAGGACCAUAAGUAUACAUAUUAUUGUUGCUAACAAUGUCUCCUGCUAUAUGCUAUUUAUGGAAGACGUACACAUCCUAUUAUCUAAAAACUAUUCAAUAGUAAAGAGAAAUAUUUUUUGUUACCAGUAAAGCAUGGUAACACAUAGAAUUGGUGUAUACUAUGAAUAACAUAAGAAAGUUUUAAAAGAAAAUCGUGCAAGUGAGUCUAAUUAAACUAAUGACAGCCGAUUUUUUCAAACUUGCCCCCAGUGACUCAGCGGUAAGUCUGCAGGCUUGCGACCCUAAAAAUUGGGUUUCGAUACUCGUGAUUGCCAGAGCACAGUUUAUUUGUUUGUAGUUAAGCACAAAGCUACACAAUGGGCUAUCUGUGUCGUGCCCACCAUUAGUAUAAAAACCCAUCUUUUGGCGUUAUGAUUCCGCACACACAUACUGCUUAGCCACUGAGGGGUGGGGGGUAAGCAGAGUCCAAAUAGCUCAUUGUGUAGCUUUGCGCUUAAAAGCAACCAAACCAAAUUUUUCAAACUUAACGUACCCUAAAUGAUCAGCGAUAAAUGGUUCUGAAAAACAUCUUAAACGAUAACAAAUGAAUUAAUUUAGUCUUGUAGAUCUUUAAGUGUACAUUGUGGAGCCUGUUUUGUAAAGAUCGGGCAUUGGUUAAUGUCGAAGCAAGGCAACCUUUUUCAUUUUUAUAACCAUGACGAAAAGAUAAACCACAUAUUACUUUUUUAAUUUUAUCUCAACUUUGGGGAAAAAGUUAGUGCUUUGGGAAGUGGAUUUUAUAUUUCAUACAUUAUACUAUCAUGUUUCAGAAGUUAUCUCGAAAGAGCAUGUUAAUAUCAUAUGUAUUUAUUUAGACCUAUUUUAUAAAACGAUGUAACUGCUCUUCUUA